AUGGAACAAGCAGAUGACUCGUACAUCAGUGAGCAUGAACAACGCUUCUACCAUUUUGUCCGUCAGCAUAUCAUUUGCUUUCUUUUGUUUAUCUGCUUAUAUUUGAUUUCUUAUUCGAUCAUUCGACUUUUGAAAGGCCGAAGCGAUAAUGAUGAGAUGUAUGCUGGUGGCGAAGAUUUUUUUGUUUUUCGAAUCUCUUUGUGGAUGUGCACUUGGUCCUUAGCGGUGUCGAUGGGAGCUGCAACAUUAUUACCAUUUUCUGUAAUUGGAUCCGAAAUAAUACAAGCUUAUCCCGGCAAUUAUUAUUUUCAGUGGCUAAAUUGGCCUCUAAUUCAUUCAUUGUGGCAUUAUAUUUUUGCUUUAAGCAAUCUCUCGCUGUUUAUACUUCUUCCUUUUGCUUACUUCUUCAUUGAAUCUCAAGGAUUUAAGGGCCAAGGGAAGGGCAUUAUGACUCGGGUAUAUGAAACUGUUGCUGUCUGCAUACUUCUCAUUAUUGUUUUAAUAUGCUUUUCUGAUGUCAUUCACUCUCUGUUUCUUACAGAAAGUGCUUCGAUAUCGUUAUCUAUACUCAGUUUUACGUCUGUUAAUUUGCCGUUUCUAUAUUCUUGUGUAUCCUUGCUUGGAGUACUAACAUUGCUUAUAACAACGCCCAUAGGUUUGGCUAGAAUGUUUACGGUAGUGUCAAACCAUAUCUUAGCAACAAAACAGUAUAAAAUUGUUGAUCCAUUGGAAGAGAAAGUUUUCCGAUUAGAGUAUCAGACUCUUAAAAGAAGAUUGAGACGAAGUGGUCAAGGGGAUUUGUCACCUCCAGAUCCAUUUCUACCGCAAAAACCACUUCGUGGCUAUCAAGUUAUUCUUCAGACAGUAAAAUAUGUGCUUGCGAUUGUUGUUUUACUUUUGUUAACAUCAAUCACCGUACUCAUGGUUUUAAUUAAUACAUUGCAACUACUCUUCGGUUUUCGAGCUUUACCUGUGUACGCUCAGUAUAUGGAAGUAAAUUCCCGCCACACAUUAGGAAUUUUUGGGGCUGUUAUCGAAGUUAUCAUAAUCUGGUAUAUAAUGAUCGCUGCAAUGAUUGGAGUUUAUUCUGUGCCGUUGUUAAGAAGGAUUUGCCCUGAGUUUCAUAAAACAUCAAUGACUUGCAUAAUUGCCAAUUGUACUACUGUUUUGGUGCUCAGUUCGGCACUUCCGGUACUGGCAAGAACACUUGGUAUUACUACAUUUGAUCUAGUAGGGGCAUAUGGCAGUUUUAUGUGGUUGUCAAAUUUCACGUUAGUGUGGACUUAUAAUGUUGCAUUUGCUGUUGUCACUGUUUUCUGUCUCUUUAAUCAUUUUACGACACCAGUUAGACGUGAAUUAAUACAAAGGAUUCGCGAUCUUUCUUAUCGGAUAAAAAUGACUGAAGCCGUUGAUAAAGUGGACUAG